AGACGAGGAAAAUACGAGAGUAAAGUGAAAGGAGUAGCAAGGAAGACCAUAUGCAAUUCAGGUCCAAGUGAAAAGUUGAGCAGAUUAUUUGAGCAUAUAAGAGAUUCUUUCAGACACUUGACAUCAUGAGCUCUGAAACCCUUGAGAAAACAGUAACAGUGAAGGCAGAGGGAGCCACCCCAUGGGAGAAGUGUCAACAUGGAGAUCGACACAUCCACAGAGACGACGUGAGACAAAUCUGGAAGGAGUGCAAGGAAGAGAGCUUCUGGUAUAGAGCUCUUCCCCUCUCUCUGGGAAGCAUGGCUGUCACUGGGGUGCUCAUCUACAAAGGAGUUUGGAGUGCAUCAAAGACACUUGGCCCAUUCCCAAAACUAGCAGCGGCUGGCGUCCUUGGUUAUGCAGUGGGGAAGGCUUCCUAUGUUCCAACCUGCAGAAAUAAGUUCCAGAGACUUGGGCCCGUCUUUGGUCCAGAAUCUGAAUAUGGUUUUGGACCCGGCCCAUUUGGAGGCCGUGGUUCUCGAGGGCGUGCUUCUGGCCCAGGACACAGACACUGCCACCACGUGUGUGAAGAGUGUAAGCAACAGCAAACCCCUGCUGCACCAACAGAGGGUGUGCAAAGCUAAAACACACAAACUGUCUACACAAAGUUUUUGUACUCAAUUCUAAUGAUCCUUGUCUGUUCUCCCCAAGUAUGUUUUACACACCUUGGAGUCCAAUUCAGGCGAUGCAUUGCAAAUGGACUGAUGUAAUGAUUUUGUAAAAGUUCUACCAAAAAUAAAGAUUGCGUAUUUACCUCAGUUAAAUACCAUGUUG